CAUUAUAUCUCUCUCUUAACCAUUACAGAUCGAGAUGACAGAAAGGUUGGAAGCAAAAGGGAUCUACUUACAAAACGGUAACUGGGAUGAUGGAGACCAUGAUGGUGUAUCAAAGAUAUAUAUAGGAUGUGGAAGUAGAUACAUACAUUGUGUUUAUUUCGAUUACGUCAAGAGUGGAAAAUCAAUAGAAGGAUCAUUCCAUGGUGUGCCAGCUUUUGUGGUUGAGAUUAACCUUCUAGAAAAUGAACAUCUUGAAUCUGUAAGUGGUAUUUACAACAGCAACUAUGGUAUUUAUUCACUUGCAUUCCAAAGUAACUUCAAAACUAUUGGACCUAUAAUGCCUAUGCCUAUGGGAGAGACAAGUUGGGAGGCUUUUACACUAGCAGUCAAAGGGAAGAAGAUCACUGGGUUUCACGGGUCUGCCUAUAAUUCAAUCACCUCUCUUGGAGCAUAUUUCAAUUGGAUAACUCCAACUAGAGUGGAAGCAAAGGGCGGAAAAGGAGGCAAAGCGUGGGAUGAUGGAUAUGAGCAUGAAGAUGUAUCAAUGAUUCAUGUGCGAGGUGGUUAUGGAGGCAUACACUCCAUGCAGUUUACCUAUGUAAGGAAUGGAGAACUGAAAAGAGGGCCACUCCGUGGUAUCUCUACUGGAGGUUACCCAGUGACGUAUGAGCUCAAAGAUGAAUAUCUAGUGUCUGUUGAGGGUUACUAUGAUGAGAAUUCAAGAGUCAUUCAAGGGAUUCAGUUCAGAACUAACACGAGGACACUUGAAAUGAUGGGAUAUCCCAAAGGUAGGAAGUUUACAGUUGCAACCAAUGGAAAUAAGAUAAUUGGGUUUCAUGGAUAUGCAGACAAGAGUGCGCUUAUUUCUAUUGGAGCAUAUUUCACGACUAUUCCUUGUAAAUUGGAAGGUGUAGGUGAUAGUAGUAAACAGGGAUUAAGUUGGGAUGAUGGUUCUGGUUAUGACGGCAUAAGAACUGUGAUUGUUGAUGCAUUUAGAAGUAGUUAUAUAGCAUGUAUCAGGUUCGAGUACGAGAACAGAGGCAAAGAAAUUAAGAAUAAUCGCCGGUGGGGGUCCGUUGAAAGAGAAGAAGAGUUUGUGAUCGAUUAUCCAAAUGAAUUUAUCACGUCUGUGGAGGGGUCAAUAGAUGAAAGAAGCUUUAUUUGUUCGUUGACAAUCAAAACAUCAAAAGGGAGAACAUCUCCGACAUUUGGAGAUGUGAGAUUAGGAAGCAGAUUUGUGCUUGAGAAACCAGGUAAUGUCCUCGUUGGGUUCCAUGGAAAGGUAAAUGAUGGAGCACUUCUUGCUCUAGGAGCAUAUUAUCGCCCCUUCCCUCUACCUCCUGAUACAGAGAAACUAGAAGAAGAAGGUGGCGAUGGAGGAGAUUAUUGGGACGACGGUAAUUCUUUCAUCGGUAUUGGAAAGAUAUACAUUGGACUAACCCAAAACGCUAUAGCUUCUGUCAAGUUUAUGUAUGUCCAACACGAUGAUCGUAUAGUCUUCGGUGAUGAUCAUGGGAGCAAGACCCUAUCCGAUAUCCAAGAGUUCACAAUAGAUGAUCCUACGGAGUAUCUCACAUCAGUGGAGGGUGACUAUGAUGAUAAAUCUGGAGUUAUAACCAUGCUUAGGUUCAUUACCAACAGACCCAACUCAUCUAGGGUUUUUGGAUUCAGUUCAACAUCAAGCUUCACACUCCAUAAGAGUGGACACAAGAUCGUUGGGUUCCAUGGAAGAUCAAGUAACAUGCUUCAUCAACUUGGGGUCCAUGUUCUUCCCAUCAAUUAAAGCUAUUUAAUGAUCUCUUUACCUGUCGUUGCACUACUCGGCUUAGUCAUGUAUACGAUGUUGUUUUGUGUGUCUUCCAACAAUCUCAUUUAAUAAGACAAACUUUUUUAGUUUAUAAG